UGGUCCACUGAGCACUUGUUUUCCGUUAGGACAAUUGAUUGAUGCUCUGCCCAGGGGUCUCAGAACUUUGCUGCUGAGUCCCAGCUGUUUAAAUGCGAAGGUUUCCUUGAGUUUUACAUAAGAGGGUGUUUGUUACAGCUCCUGCAGUUUCCAACUAGGCCAGGAAAGUGUCCUUGUCCCUAUUUCUUGAACAAUCAGCUCCCCAAAGCCAGACAGUCUGAGAGCAGUUUGUGAUUAAGGCUCCCAGCAAUUACAAAGUGGAAGGUCUUAAAUUACAUUUGAUAAGUAAGACCUGUAGAUGAAACAUGGAGUGACUUUCUGUUCCUUGUUGCAGAUCCAUAACAUGGUGGCAGUGCUGGAAGUGAUCUCCAGCCUGGAGAAAUACCCCAUAACCAAAGAGGCACUUGAGGAAACAAGACUCGGGAGGCUCAUCAACGAGGUGAGGAAGAAGACAUCCAAUGAGGAACUCGCCAAACGUGCCAAGAAAUUGUUGCGGAAUUGGCAGAAGUUGAUCGAACCCGUGACCCAGAAUGACCCCGUGCCAAGAGGGCUCCCCAAUCCACCUGGCUCGGCGAAUGGAGGUGCUCACAACUGCAAACCAGAGACACAACUCCCCGCUGUGGCUGGAGCCAAGCCCAUCAGCGAGCUGAAAAGCAGGAACGACAUCCAGAAACUGAAUUCUCCCAAAGCGGAGAAACUGGGAAACCGCAAAAGGAAAGGCGAGCACAGGGACGGGCAGCAGGGCCCUCCUCUCCCCAAAGUCUCCAAAGCUAGUCAUGAAGUAUUACAGAACUCUUCACCCCCUCCAACAAACGGCAUUGGAGGUAGUCCUGAAAAUUUUCCCAGUCCUGUAGAUGUAAAUCUACACGCGGGGCCCGAGAGCAGCAGGACAGAACUCAGUGAAAAUGAUAAACACACUAAGAUCCCAGUAAACGCUGUCAGACCUCACACCAGUUCUCCAGGACUUGUAAAACCUUCAAGCACUUCCUCCUUGCUAAAGACUGCAGUGCUUCAGCAGCAUGAUAAAUCAGAAGAGACCACGGGCCCUCACCAGCCCAAGAGCCCUCGCUGCUCCUCCUUCAGCCCCAGGAACGUCAGGCAGGAGACUUUUGCUCGGCAGCACAGCACGUACUCACCAAAGGAUUCGACGCCCAGUCCGUCUCAGAGGUCUCAGUUCUCGGACGCUGCACAGGUGCCAUCGCCACCGCCAUCCCUGAUGCAACCACCCACACCUCCACUGCCAGCCAAGAGGCUGGAGCUCCCCCAGCCCUCCGCCACCGAGGCCCCCCAGCACUGGCAGGAGCAGCAGGUCCCUCCCGAGGGGCACAGGCACCCGGCGGGGACCCUCCACGCACCUCCCACCUGCAAGGCUGGCGCCCACCCCGGGGAGCCGCUCCUGCCACACGUGGGCUUCCCGCAGGACGCUUCCAAAAUGGACAGUGACGAUGCUGCUUCAGGGUCUGAGAGUAAAAAGAAGAAAAGGUACCGGCCCAGAGACUACACGGUCAACUUGGAUGGGCACGUAACGGAAGGGGGGGUGAAACCUGUGAGGUUAAAAGAGAGAAAACUCACUUUUGAUCCCAUGACAGGACAGAUAAAACCUUUAACACCGAAAGAUCCUUUGCAGGUAGAAAUGCCUGCGCUCACUGAACAGCACAGGACAGAAACGGAAAAGCAGGAGCAAAAACCCAACCUGCAAAGCCCUUUUGAACAAACGAACUGGAAAGAGUUGUCCAGAAACGAAAUCAUUCAGUCCUAUUUAAACAGACAGAGUAGCUUGCUGUCCUCAUCAGGAGUACAGACUCCAGGAGCUCACUACUUCAUGUCUGAGUAUUUAAAGCAGGAGGAAAGCACUAGAAAAGAGGCUAGAAAGACUCACGUUCUAGCUCCCAACAGCAAACCUACAGACUUGCCCGGGGUCACCAGGGAGGUCACGGGCGAUGACCUCGACAGGAUACGUGACCACAACUGGCCGGGCGUGAACGGUUGUUACGACACACAGGGUAACUGGUAUGAUUGGACACAGUGCAUAUCCUUAGAUCCACACGGGGAUGAUGGGAGGUUGAACAUCCUGCCUUACGUCUGCCUAGACUGAGAGCAGGUUUUGGUUGCUUAAACCCCUGCUUUUUUUUUUAAAAACACCUGCAGUUGGCAAAACUGGCAGACAACAAAAUGCCACUUCCAGCUG